UCCCCCCUCCACGACUUCCCGCUUCUCGCACCGGCCCUCUCGCACUCUCCCCACGCGGAGUGGCAGAUUGAAAAAUCAAGGGGAAAGAAGAAGAAGCCAACGAUGGUGGCGGAGUAUGGCAUCAAAUACGCCGUCCAUAUAAUCACCACUCACUUCGGCGGCCUCGUCGCCAAAGUCUGUGAGUGCCUUCUCCGCAAAGGACCGCUAUCACUCCCAAACAUAACGCGAUACACGGAGCUCUCUCCCAAGCAAGUCAAGAACAUCUUACUCGUCUUAAUCCAACACAACUGCGUCCAAUCUUUCAUUCUCGAGCAACCAGGUGGAUUUGGAGAUGGCCCGAAGGUUAUUACCCAUUAUAUGCCGUUGAUUGAUAACAUCCUGCAUCGUAUGAGGUUUUCCAAGUUCUUGAGGGUUGUGUCCGAGGAACUUGACAAAGAAUGUGAAGAGCUUCUUGAGGGUUUGCUUCAACAUGGAAGGCUUUCAGUGCAACAAAUGCUUGACAGAGCCAAGGAUACUAAAAAACAAGGAAAUAAUAUUGUUCUGAAUUCUAUACGAGAAAUACUCUGCAGACUUGUCACUGCUCGUUUUGUUGAAUGCUGCCCUGACCCUGAACCGAUCCUCACAGAAUCACCGCCAGAAGAUGCUACUGCAAAAAAAAAGGGUGCAAAAUCUGCUAAGGGGAAAACUGAAGAACCAAAAUCCCUGGAACAACGCGUUCUUGCAGCAGCAGUGCCAAUGGAAGCAAAAAGAUUUUCAACUGCAUUGAUUACUGAAUCUGACGUUGGUGGUAGAGCCCCUGGCAUGACUAUUGGGGAGAAGCGGAAGCCAGAUGCUCUGGAAAAUGUAACUUGGAAGCCAGAUGCUCUGGAAAAUGUUACUUGGCGUGCCAAUUAUGAAGAAUGCAUUCGUCGGCUUAGGCAUAAGGCUUGUAUCGAGAAUGUCGCAUCACAGCUGGAUAAUGAUGCUGCUGUUGUCUUAAAAGCAAUGAUCGAUGCAAGCAGAAGUGAGGAAAAUAAAAUAAAAGCAGAAAAUUCAGGUCCUUUGUCGAUGAGCUCCAUUUAUGAAGAGGUAAUCAAGAGUGAGAGUGGCCGUAAUAUGACCUUGGACCGUGUUAGAACUCAUCUCAUUCAGUUGGGUACUCCACCCUUUGUAAGAGCAGUAGAUGAAUCAUAUAUCAUUGAUUUUAACUGCAUUAUUGAACAAGCUCAGAAGGAGGAGGUGGAAUCAAUUGUGUUGAAACGAUAUGGAAAUGAUGCCUAUAGUAUGUUCAGGUUACUGUUAGCUAAUAAUGGUGGCCUACUUGAGACCAAAAAGAUUUCAGAUGCCACGUUUGUUGAGAAGGAAAACGCACAAAAGAUUCUUUAUAAGUUGUGGAAGGGCGAUUACUUGCAUAUGGAGAAACUAGAAUUUAAGUUGGCGAAUCUCUUGUUGUGGAAAGUGAAUAAGCGUACUCUUUGGGAACAUGUACUGGAUGAGAUGUUCCAUGCAGCAUUAAAUUUGAGUCGACGACUAGCCUAUGAGCUUGAGCAGGAAAAGGAGGUGUUAAGUUUACCAGCAGACAGACGUGCCGGGCCUCUGAAAGAUAGAUACGAACGAAUAAGACGUGUGAGAUUACUUUUGGAAUCCGCACAGAUGAAACUUGAUGAUGGUAUCAUGCUUUUUCAUCACUUCUAAGCUUAGUUCUGGUCUCUCAAUAUUACUAUGCUCAUACGAGGAGGGAAUAGACUUCGUCCUCGUCAUUUGAUGCCUUGUUGGCUUCUUCUUUUUUUCCUCACUUCUUUAUUCUUCUUGUUUUUUUGGUUUUAUGGAGGCAGUACUUUCAGUGUGAAAUAAAUUGGAAAAUAAUUUUAUCUAGUUGUCGCGUCUCCUUCCCUAAAAUGAAUGACCUUUCGUAUGAC